AUGAACAAGGUCUUCCAUCCUUACUUAGAUAAGUUUGUGGUAGUCUAUCUUGACGAUAUUGUGGUAUACUCACCCACGUUGCAUGAGCACGUGGAACAUUUGAGAUUGGUUUUCCAGGCCUUGCGCGAGAAUGAGUUAUACGCAAAGCUGGAAAAGAGCUCCUUCGCCCAAGAUGAGGUGAUGUUCCUGGGUCAUCGAGUGAAGUCCAAGUGCAUCAUGAUGGAUGAGGCCAAGGUCAAGGCCAUUCGAGAAUGGGAGCCGCCCAAAACUGUACCCCAACUUCGGUCGUUCCUUGGCCUGGACAACUACUACCGAAAGUUUAUAAAAGGGUACUCCAAGAUUGUUGCACCCCUGACCGACCUUUUGAAGAAGGACCGAGCAUGGAGCUGGGACGAGCGGUGCGCGGAGGCCUUAGAGGGGCUCAAGGCCGAAGUUACAAAACAACUUGUGCUAGCACUACCCGACCACACUAAGGAAUACGAAGUCCAGACCGAUGCAUCUGACUUCGCCAUUUGA